UAAUCGAGGCCCAAAGGUCUUUGUAUUUCACUCACCACUCCACUGCUGUGGCUAGAAAUAUCUCUCCAGUCAUUCAUGACCAGUGUGAAAAAGCUAGGAUCAGACUGAGAGGAGAGGAGCUUCUUUACUGUGUGUUGUGUGUGAAAGAAAAUGGAGUCCGAUGGAAAACCUACAGAACUCAGCAGCGUGAAGAUGUUUGAUGGAUACAACAAGAGAUACAAACACUACAGCCCUACGCUCGGCUGCUCUAUGACCUUCCACAUAUACUUCCCUCCUUCAUCUUCUCCUUCCCAAAAAUUCCCUGUACUUUACUGGCUGUCUGGGCUUACAUGCAAUGAUGAGAAUUUUAUAGCUAAAUCCGGUGCACAACGUGUUGCUUCUGCUGAGGGUGUUGCUCUGAUAGCCCCAGACACUUCACCUAGGGGCUUGAACAUUCAAGGAGAGGCUGAUAGCUGGGAUUUUGGCGUAGGUGCUGGAUUUUAUCUGAAUGCUACACAAGAGAAGUGGAAGAACUGGCAAAUGUAUGACUAUAUCGUGAAAGAGUUGCCAACACUUCUUCAGGAGAACUUUCCACAGCUUGACACGUCUAGGGCUUCUAUAUCUGGUCAUUCCAUGGGUGGACAUGGAGCACUGAUAAUUUACCUAAAAAAUUUGGACAAGUACAAGUCGGUGUCAGCAUUUGCGCCUGUUGUAAAUCCCAUAAACUGUCCAUGGGGCCAGAAGGCAUUCACAAAUUACUUGGGGGAAAACAAGGCUGCCUGGGAGGAGUAUGAUGCCAGCAUUCUUGUAUCGAAGUAUACUGAUGUUUCAGCUACUAUUCUCAUUGAUCAGGGAGACGCGGACAAGUUCCUGAGCGAACAGCUCCUGCCACAAAAGUUCGAUGAGGCUUGCCGGAAAGCCAAGGUGCCACUGUUGCUCCGAAUGCAACCAGGUUACGAUCACUCCUACUAUUUCAUCGCUACAUUCAUUGACGAUCAUGUCCGCCACCACGCCCAAGCCCUUAGCCUGUAAUGCCCAUGGCGCUCUACAUCUUGUCUGAAUGGACUUUGCUUCUGUUGGAACUUGGAAAAUUAUGUGGAAGGCAAUAAAAGUUGGAGUUGUUUACUGUAUUUCAUCCGUUUCUUCCCCUUGUUUUUUUGGCUUUGAUCACCUACCUCAAUGCAGAAAAUGUAUGCUUGUAUCAGUAUGAAUUUGAAAAGGUUAGCAGUAGUUUCGUUUGAAUAUGAAAUAUUUGAUAAAAUUUACAUGCAUUUUAA